AUGUGCGUCGUUUUAGCCUAGUUUUUUCAGAUGGCCUGAUUCUUUGGGGCCCGAAGUAAGAUGUAUUGCCUCUCUUUUCCAUGAUCGCUCAGCAUCUGUAAUUUCUCCCUGCUAAAUUAAAUGAAAACCAGCUACGCUGGCCACUUUAAAAAAAAAAACUUCCAACCCCAACCAAAUUCACCCGAUCCGUCCCAGCUCCCCAAACCCGUCGCCGCCGGAGCCGUUUCGCGCGCGUCCGCCGCCGCAACUCCCCGUCGUCCUCCUCCUCCCAUCAGUUGUUCCGGACGCGAUUGGCUUCCUUCGUUGUUAAGGACAAGGAAGCCCUAGCUUGCUUGAAUUCAUCCGCUCCGUUUUUCUUUUCUUUUUGCUGCCGAGAACGAACAAUCUCGAAUCCCUCACCUGGCCGCGAUGCAGGGUGGUCCGAUCUUGCCGCGUCGGCCAGGGAGCUCCGAUCUAGGUUUGGACGUCCUCGCAAAGAGGAAACGUGAAGCACAAGGCAGCGACGCAUUCAGGCCUCGUCCCCACAAGGAAGAAGCGGCGGCCGGGCAUAGAUCAGGAGAAAUCUCGAGGGCCGAUUGCCGCCGCCGAUGGGAAUGGGAAGCUACAGCUCGUCGGGAGUACCGUGAUGACCCACCUGCAUCCCAACGGCAACAUCCGGCACCAUCCCCGUGGGACAAUGUGUAUUCUUUGCCUUCUGUGCCUGUACGCCCUUCUGGCUCCUCAAAAGGGCCUUCUUCUUCGUGCAAUGACACUGAAGCUCGUACAAGGCCCCCAACAGCCGAUGGAAAAUUUAAGGUCAGCGAGGAGAUGAUGCAGGAGAUGGAUUACAAUGCUGACCGCACAUGGUAUGGCUGUGAAGAACAGAGCAGUAUAUUCAAUGCCGGUAGUUAUCUUGGAGAUGAUGCUUCCUUUCAGAAUAAGAAGGCAAAAUUGUCCAAGAAGUUGACUCGCCAAGAUGGAAGCCUGAUGACUCUUGCUCAGAGCAAAAGGUUAUCUCAGGUAACCGCUGAGAAUGCUCGGUGGGAGGACAGGCAGUUGUUCAGAUCAGGAGCUGUUAGGAGAACAGAGGUGCAGACGGAGUUCGACGAUGAGGACGAGCGUAAGGUGAUACUACUUGUUCAUGACACAAAACCCCCAUUCCUUGAUGGACGAGUUGUGUUCACAACGCAAGCAGAGCCUGUGAUGCCACUCAAGGACCCGACAUCUGACAUGGUUAUCAUUGCGCGCAAAGGUUCUCUUUUGGUUAGGGAAAUUCGUGAAAAGCAGAGUAUGAACAAGUCAAGGCAACGCUUCUGGGAGCUUGCUGGAUCUAUGCUAGGACAUAUUUUGGGUGUUGGGAAAACAACCCAACAGGCUGAUGCUGAUACUGUGCUUGUUGGUGACCAAGGUGAUGUUGACUUCAAAGAGAAGCUGAAAUUUUCACAACACUUGAAGGAAAAGGCAGAAGCAGUCAGCGAUUUUGCAAAAUCAAAAUCUCUUUCUGAACAGAGGCAAUACCUUCCCAUAUACACUGUCAGGGAUGACCUGCUCGGAGUUGUGCGGGAAAAUCAAGUGGUUGUGGUUGUUGGUGAAACUGGUUCUGGGAAGACUACCCAGCUGACUCAAUAUCUGCAUGAGGAUGGAUAUACCAGAACUGGCCUUGUUGGCUGCACUCAACCAAGACGUGUAGCUGCCAUGAGUGUUGCUCGGCGUGUCAGUGACGAAAUGGAAACCGUGCUUGGAGAAGAAGUUGGAUAUGCUAUUCGGUUCGAGGAUGUCACGUGCCAUAAGACAAAAAUAAAGUACAUGACAGAUGGAGUGCUUCUCCGUGAAACCUUGAAGGAUGCUGACCUGGACAAAUAUCGGGUUAUCAUCAUGGAUGAAGCACACGAGAGAUCAGUGGACACUGAUGUAUUAUUUGGUAUAUUGAAGAAGGUUGCUGCACGGCGACGGGAUUUUAAGCUAAUUGUCACAUCUGCAACACUAAAUGCAGACAAAUUCUCAAAAUUCUUUGGUGGUGCGCCUGUAUUUCACAUACCUGGAAGGACAUUUCCAGUUAAUAUCUUGUACAGCAAAACACCAUGUGAAGAUUAUGUGGAAGCGGCAGUGAAGCAGGCCAUCACAAUCCACAUAACGAGUGGCCCUGGCGACAUUCUCAUAUUCAUGACUGGGCAGGAAGAAAUCGAGACUGCUUGCUAUGCGCUUGCUGAGCGCAUGGAGCAGCUAAUAUCAUCAUCCACCAAGGCUGCAGGGAAGCUCUCAAUCUUGCCCGUCUAUUCGCAGUUGCCUGCUGACUUGCAGGCCAAGAUCUUUCAGAAGGCAGGGGAGGGCACUCGCAAAUGCAUUGUUGCUACCAACAUCGCUGAGACAUCCCUGACAGUAGAUGGUAUCUUGUAUGUCAUCGAUACUGGGUAUGGAAAGAUGAAGGUAUACAAUCCACGGAUGGGCAUGGACGCUCUUCAGGUUUUUCCAUGUAGUCGAGCAGCCGCAGACCAGCGCGCAGGGCGUGCAGGAAGAACUGGCCCCGGCACAUGCUACAGGCUGUUCACGGAAUCCGCUUACCAGGAUGAAAUGCUCCCUAACCCCGUGCCAGAGAUCCAAAGGACCAACCUUGCGAACGUGGUUCUCUUACUGAAAUCCCUCGAAGUCGAAAAUUUGCUUCAUUUUGACUUCAUGGACCCACCUCCCCAGGAGAAUAUCCUCAACUCCAUGUACCAGCUCUGGCUGUUGGGUGCCUUGAACAAUGCUGGCGGCCUUGCAAAUCUAGGCUGGAAGAUGGUGGAGUUCCCACUGGACCCAACCCUGGCAAAGAUGCUUCUCAUGGGUAAGGAGUUGGGGUGCGUUGAUGAAGUACUAACAAUUGUAUCGAUGCUCUCAGUGCCAUCAGUAUUCUUCCGGCCAAAAGAUCGAGAAGAGGAGAGUGACACUGCAAGGGAGAAGUUUUUUGUACCGGAGUCUGACCAUCUAACACUCCUCAAUGUAUACCUGCUCUGGGAGUCGAACGAAUAUAGUGUAGACUGGUGCAAUGCUCACUUCCUCCAUGUCAAGGGUCUACAAAAGGCUCGGGAAGUGAGAUCUCAAUUGGUGGACAUACUGAACACCCUGAAGAUCCCGCAGAUAUCGCGCCAUAGGGAAUGGGACUUGGUGAGGAAGGCCAUCUGCUCAGCGUACUUCCAGAACUCUGCAAGGUUGAAGGGUGUUGGAGAGUACGUCAACUGCCGUAAUGGGGUGCCUUGCCACCUGCAUCCCAGCAGCGCCCUCUACGGUCUCGGCUACACCCCUGACUACAUCGUCUACCACGAGCUUGUCCUGACAACCAAGGACUAUAUGCAGUGUGUCAGUGCAGUUGACCCGCAGUGGCUGGUAGAGCUGGGGCCCAUGUUCUUCUCUGUGAAGGAGGGUGACACCUCCUUCCUUGACCGCAGGAGGUGGCAUAAUGAGGAGAAGACGGCCAUGGAAGAGGAGAUGGAGAAGCUGAGGCAGGAGCAAGAUGAGGCGGCAUGCAGAGUGAAGGGGAGGGAGGAGAAGAGGGGCAAGCCGCAGCAGCAGGUUGCUAUGCCAGGCCUGAAGAAAGGUUUGGCGUAUCUUAGGCCCAGAAGGAGAAUGGGUUUGUAGGUAGGAAGGUUGAGUGAGUAUGUUUGUAUGUGCUGAUACAAUCACACAUGAAUGAAUGCAUUAUGUGGGACACACACCUGUCAGGAGGCAUAGCAUUAUUUUCGUGUUUGUUUAUAUGUUAAUUUUAGCGGAUUUGCUACUUCGCAGUCGACUGCUAAUUUCUUAGUAGUGCGACAUUGUUGUUGGUAGAAACCUAAUACUGCUCUAAUUUAGUUACAUUGUGAACCACUUCGUUGAUAACAUUAUACUCCACAUAUCUUGAACAUACCUGUGGCUUCAUAAUUUUAUUGUAUAGCAUCAACUGCUUUGUAUUUCCUAGGUCUUUUAAUUCUAAUUAAUUUUGUUGCGCAUAAGUUGUUUGUGCAGUAUCAAGAGAGCCUGCUGUUGCUUUCCCGGUUUAUUCAGCUCGAGGCUUUUAUGGUGUUUCCACAUUACAACAAGUUUAAGUGAGCAUACUUAUUAAGAUUCAGUAUCAGUGGUCCAAAUCAUAUGGAUGCAGAAACAUCAGUCUUGUUACAUAUAUAAGCAUUUAUCAGAUUAUGUGCUGCAACUUCAUUGUAGAUUCAAAUUCCCAGUUGAAUCCUGAUUUUUUUCCAAUUCAAUUUUCAUGCCAUCCCUUAGCUAGGUUUACACAAGUUUAUCUUAUGCAUUAGAUUCCUGUUUCCAUAAUAGAACAUGGAACAUACAGGUUGCUUAAAUCUCAACUGGAAGUUUAAUAAGUACAUGUAAGCAGGCAAUCUGAUGAUGACUAUAAUUAGAGCUGUAUAUUUCCUUUGUUUCACAUUAAAUAGUAGGCUGAAUUCUCCAAUCUACUGCAACAAAUUUCGGUCUUUAUAUCUUGUAUUGCCAAUUUCAACAAAAACAAACUCUAAUUUCAGCAAGCGCAAGAUACUAUAUGAUGUCCAUGUGCAUCUACUCUCUGCUUAAUCUGAUAAGAGAUGCUACCCCCCGCAGGCUGCUGUCUGUCGAGUUGAAGUGCUCACCUUGAAUCCUGAAUAUUUCCUAGUUUUAUUCGUAUGAUGAUGAAAUGCUAGUGGAAAUUCGGACGGCUGGUAUUUAAUUAGUGUUUUUGUGUGAAGUUUUCGCUUGUUUCAUCGUAGUAAUGACAGGUGGCAAUGCCAGUAUAAUGUAUAAUGACCUAAUGGUGCUGCAGGCUUGACUCCUAGCUAAUUAACCAUUAUGGAUGAACUAUGCUUGAUGCUAGUACCUUUACCAUAUCCACUUUUUACUUCAUUUCAUUUUUUGCAACAAUGGGCAGGAGCGCACUGUCAUGCAUUAUAAGUUGAGGGGAAGCUAUGUUCUACUGUCGUCACUUUGUUUUCUGAUUGUCAACUGUGCAAGUUUUUGGAAUCAGAUGAAACCUUAAGAGCAUGAUGGCUUGUACUAAAGUGUACAUGCAGCAGCACCAUCAUGGACAGAAGAUGCUCCUCUAUGUUGCCUUAAUUCAUAUGCUAAUCCAUGGACAGAAGAUGCUCCCUGUGCUGCGCAUAGCUUUGUUAGGUGCAUUGGUCGUAUUUACAGCAAGUACUGUAGAAAACAAUAAUCUAGUUCUUGCGUUUCCUCUGGCUGAAGUGAUUACGACCUUUUGUGAUGUAAUUGUGUAUUCUUGUGUGCAACAUUCAGUUUGAUUUGGUUGCCUGAUAAA